AUGGUAAAUCAAAUAGACACGAUCAAGUUCCUAAAGCAAGGGAUCAUUUACAGGUUCGGUUUCCUUGAAACCAUAACUUGCGACAAUGGGACUGUCUAUUCUAAGGAACAUAGAAUUACUAUCAUUCACUCUACUCCUUAUUACGCCCAAGGGAACGGUCAAGCUGAGGCGAGUAACAAGGUUCUGAAGGCAAAUUUGGCUAAGGUUAUCAAUGAUAAUCCUGCUACUUGGGCCAAGUUGCUCUCUAAAGUCCUCUGGGCUUUUCGGACUACCAAACGGACAGGUACUACCCCUUUCUCUCUAGCGUUUGGUUAUGACCAAGUGUUUCCCAUGGAGGUGACCGUGAGGUCUUUGCAGGUGACACACCAACAUAACUUGACAGCACAAGAAUACAGUGAAGCCAUGAUGACCGAAUUAGAAGACCUAUGUGAAGAAUGUGUUAAAGCACUGGACUUCAUGCAAGCUCAAAAAAUGUUGGUGGCUAAGGCAUAUGACAAUCGUGUUAGGCCUAAAGAGUUCCAAAAGGGUUAG